UAACGUCUAAUGGUAAUACAUAAUUAUUUUGAAUUAUCAUGCAUGUUUACACAUGCUGUGAAUAGGUCUGUUGCACUGUGCUGUCCAGCACUGUCUGUCUAUGUGUGGAAAUAAGGGCUAAUCAACCAAGAGAACAAAUUCUCAGACAGAGAAAAUCUACAAAUGUUACAAGAAUCCAGAGCUAUGACCUCGAAACCCGUGAGAGACAGUAACAUCGAGCUGCUUUUAUUAGAGACCAACACAGUUAACAAGUCCAUGUGAACGGAGCCUGUGGGUGCAGGUCAUGCUGAACUGGGUUUUAUUUCUGUCCUUGGCAGGCAGGUCUGUGUUCCUAACAUGCCUUGUUUCCUUUCUUUACCCAGAGCUGCCGAAGGCUGUGCUGACCAGCAGUCCUCAAUGGGGAGAGCUGUACACUGGAGAGACUGUCACCCUGAGCUGUGGGGUUGAGGGGGGUUUCACUGGCUGCCAAUAUCUCUGGUACAAGAGCAGUCAGGGAGGCACAGUGCAGAUCAGAGGCACCACUGGAGCCAGAUACACACUCAGCCCUGUCACUCAGUCCCAUAGUGGAGAGUACCAGUGUGAGGCACAAAGAGGAGAUCCACCACGUUCCUCUCAGCGCAGUGAUCCUGUUACACUGACUGUGUCUGAGGGACGACCAAAGCCUGCACUGACCCGGGAGCCUGCAGGAGAGAUAUUUGAAGGAGACACGGUCAAUCUGAGCUGUGUGGUUGAGGGGAGCUCUGGUGGCUGGAGAUAUCUCUGGUACAAAGACAGGCAGGGAGCUCCAGUGAACCAGACUGACAGCAGCAGUGGAACUGGAGCCGGAUACACAAUCAGUGCUGCUGCUCUGUCCCACAGUGGAGAGUACUGGUGUCGAGCUGGACGGGGCAGGAACACGUCUUACUCACAAUACAGCGAUCCCAUCUGGGUAAAUGUAACUGGUGAGUAAUACAGAAUCUCCUUCCUUUUUACUAAAGCUUUGCCCUCAGCAGUAGGGGGUGCUGUUUGGUUCUGCUAGA